UUUUGGUUUUCCAUCUUCACCCACUCAAUCCAACUUCCAACUCACUCACCCAAACUCACUUCCACCCGACUCUCCACACCCUCUGCAACUUGCACUUGGAUUUUCAGCGUGUGCAACAAAACAUGUCGUCCAAGCAACCCAAGGAGAAGAACAUUCAGGUCGUCUUGCGCUGCAGGCCCCUGAACAACAUGGAAAAGACCGCAGUCAGCCCGCUGGUCGUCGAAUGCGACGAGACAAUGCGCCAAGUCAAUGUCAAGCAAGGCGUCGUCGACAAGAGCACCACCAAGACUUUCCACUUUGACAAGGUGUUUGGUCAUGAUGCUCGCCAAAUUGAAAUCUACAACGAAGUCGUUGCUCCGAUUAUGACGGAAGUUCUGAUGGGCUACAACUGCACCAUCUUUGCCUACGGCCAAACCGGCACUGGUAAAACGUACACAAUGGAGGGUCGUCGCACCGAAGGAAACUACUCAUUCCAAAGCGAUCCCGAGGCAGGCAUUGUGCCCCGCGCGCUGCACAACCUGUUUGAAGUGCUGGAAAGCCAAGACGCCGAGUUUUCCAUCAAGGUUUCAUCGCUCGAGCUCUACAAUGAGGAGCUUCGCGAUCUGCUGAGCGACGCCAAGUCGGACGACCCCACAAAGCUCCGCAUCUUGGAAGAUGGCUCGCGCAAAGGUGCCGUCGUCGUUCAAGGCGUCGAGGAGAUGAGCCUCAAGCAUCGCAACGACAUUUAUGCCGUCCUGGAAAAGUGCUCUGCUCGCCGCCAGACGGCCGUGACUGCCAUGAACCACGCCUCGAGCCGCUCGCAUUGCGUGUUCUCCAUCACCAUCCACAUGAAAGAGUCGACGCCUGAAGGCGAAGAUCUGCUCAAGGUCGGCAAGCUCAACUUGGUCGAUCUUGCUGGGUCGGAAAAUAUUGGGCGUUCGGGCGCUGUCUCCCAGCGUGCGCGUGAGGCGGGCAAUAUCAACCAGUCUCUGCUCACGCUUGGUCGUGUCAUUACUUCGUUGGUCGAGGGCCGUGAUCACGUUCCGUACCGUGAGAGCAAACUGACUCGCCUUCUGCAGGACUCGCUCGGCGGCACCACGCGUACGUGCAUCAUUGCGACCGUGUCGCCUGCAGCCAUCAAUGUCGAGGAAACCUUGAGCACUCUGGACUAUGCCCAUCGCGCCAAGAACGUCAAAAACCGCCCCGAAAUCAAUCAAAAGCUCACCAAGCGCUCGCUCAUUCGAGACUAUACUGUGGAAAUUGAGCGACUCAAGCGGGACUUGGUGGCUUCGCGCGAAAAGAAUGGAUUUUUCAUUGCCCAAGAAAACUACGAGGCCAUGGAAGAGACGAUCAAAACGCAGCGCGAGCAGCUGGCCGAGCAUCAGACACGCAUGGACGCAGUUCAAGCCGAGCGUGAUUCUGCCGUGGGCCAGGUCGAGAUGCUCAAAAUGCGACUUGAAAGCACCAACAAUGACCUGGCGCACACGCGCACCAUCCUCGAGCGCACGACGCAGGAAUUGCGGUCUACGGUCGCUGCUCUCGAGCGCAUGACCACCGAUCGCGACGAGCACAAGUAUCUCAUGUACGAACAUGCCCUGAACGAGCAAACGCUUUCGGAGGAAGCAUCGAGCUUGCUGGCCACCGUUCGCGCGUCGCUUUCCGACAUUGACGGGCUCCAAGCGAAGCUCGCCCGCAAGGCCGCCGUCGAAACCCACAACCGCAGUGCUCGCAGUGAGUUUGCCACCGACAUGGCGACGCGUAUUGCCGACGCAACCAGCGCAGCAGAUCGAUGCAUGACCGCGCAUCGUGAGCAGAUUGCGCAAAUCACGCGUCAUGUCGCGUCCGUCUCGGAGGCCACUUUAUCCACGGCCAGCCAGGCUCUGGAAGGGCUUGCUUCGCUGAUGGCAGACGUUGAUGCGUCCACCGAGCGAAUUGUGGGCGCAAUCGAGUCGCAGGCCCGGGCAGAAUCGGCUCAGCUCGCGGCCACCAACGAGAGCGCGGCGUUCUUCGCCUCCCGCGUGGCAACUGUUUGCCAGCAGGCCUUGGAGGGUCACUUGUCGCCCAUUGUGCAAUCAAUCCGCACCGCGCUCGAGGAGCAGUUGCUUCAAUCACAAGAAUGGAAGGAGGCCGCCUGCACCGAAGCCAGCGCGAUGGCUCGAUCGCUCACGCAGUUGGCACUCGCCCAAAAGUCUGCCCUUGAUGACCUUGGUCGAUUCGUUGCAGAGAAGAGCGGCGACUUGGCGCGCACUGCCGACAACCAGCGUCAACACAUGCAACGCCAAGCGGCCGAGCACGCCGAGCGGAAUGCACUCCAGCGAGCCGCUGUGCUGGCGCAGAUGACUGCACUUUUGGAUUCCGUCUAUGCCGACUCGCACCAAGCGGUUGCAGAUUUGACCACUGGAUGGUCAACUGCCCUGACCAACGCUGUGGUUGCCCAUACCGAAAUUCAAACGCGUUGCUCAGAGACGAUGGCCAAAGCCACUUCCGUCUGCACAGCUGCCGAGCAAGCCAACCUCGUCGCCAUCACGUCGAUGCACGAGUCCACCACCCAGCGCCAACAGUCCAUGGCGAGCAAGAUCAACGACGUGGACGAGUCCGUCACGUCGAUUGAUACCGCUGUUCGCGCGUUGCUCGAUGCUCGAAACUCUGAUGCCAACGCUGACAACAUCCCGUGCGCCGUCACCGCUUACGCUCACUCUGUCCGCGUUGAAACUGAAGCCCGCGCGUCCAGCUCGGCCGACCAGCGUGACGCCGACGUGGAGCAAGCCAGGCAGUGCUCCAAGAACAUCAAGGCGCAGACUGAGACAGCCGUUUGCCAGGUCAUUCGAUCCGGCGUUCAAACUGGCGCGGCCCUCUGUGACACUCUGCAAGAGCAGAUUGAUGUCGCCCAGCACGUGGCCCAAGAGACGCACAGCGCCUCGUUGAAGGACUUGCAUGGCAUCGACAACGCUGCUCGCGACUUUGUGCACGCUGCGCUGCGAGAGGAUGUGCCCACCGGCGAUACUCCGCGCAAGCGUUCUUAUGCCUUCCCGCAGCAGUUUACACAGACUAGCGACCAUGCAGUUUUGCUUGAUGCAUUCCGCAAGAAUGACGAGCAGGUUCGGAUACAGCGAUUAUCCGACAUGGGCACCAGCCGCGCUCCACGGCGGCCUUCCAAGCCGUUUGCGCAGUGGCGCAUGAGUGACGUCGGUGACUUUGACGAAACUGUGUCCAACUGUCGCACUUCCUUCCGCUUGCCCUCAAUCUCGAGCUGGAAUGAGUUGCCAGGCUUGCCCUCGUCGCGCCCCAUGUCCGAGCUGGUGAGCAAAGCCCAGCAAGAAGAAAAAGAAGAAGAAGAAGCAGAAGAAAUGGGCGAGACCGCUGUGUCCAACGUUGGCAUCCCAAGCCAAACCAUCCCAAGCUCGCCGACCGCUGUUGCCGAAGUUGAGCAAGAGAACGACUCGACGGACGACGCUUCUCCGGUCGAAGUGCACAUUUCAGCAACUCCAGUUAGCGCAGCCCCAGCUGCUGCCGCCGCUGCUGUGCUUUCUCCUAUUUUGAGCAGCAAUGCCCCUGCUCAGAUUGCCGCUUCAACUCGGGUCGUCAAGCCAGCCACCACCGCUUCCAGGCUACCAGCACCGCGUGCCACCGCUCGCACCAGCGUGCCUUUGACAUCGUCGACUGGCGCUGCGCCUGUUGCCGCUCGCAAGGUUGCUGGGCGCCUGUCUGCAAACCAUUAGUUAGAAAAGCCUAAAACACAAAGUGACGCAAAGAACGCCGCCAGUUGAAUUUUUGUUUUUGUUGAUGUUAUGAUUUGGUUGUUUGAAUUUGGGUGGACGAGCGUGGAUUGUGCCAAAUGAAAGUUGAUUGUUCACA